CCCCGCCCAGCCCAGCCCAACACACACACCAUGGCCCCCCUCCGCGUCUCCAUCCUCGGCACCGGCCUGUCCCUCCAGGCGUUCCACUACCCCCUCAUCUCGGCCCUGCCCGACAAGUUUGUGCUCCACUCCAUCCUGGAGCGCACGCCGCGCGGCAAGGCGCAGGAGGUCGCAGGCAAGGACAUCAAGGUGGUGACCUCUAUUGACGAGGUCGUGAACGACCCCGAGGUUGAUGUCGUCGUCAUCUCGACGCCUAACAACACGCACUUCCCGUACGCCAAGGCCGCGCUCAACGCCGGCAAGCACGUCAUGGUCGAGAAGCCCGUCACGCCCACCGUCGAGGAGGCGGAGGAGCUCGCCGCGCUCGCCAAGAGCAAGGGCCUCGUGUUCUGCGUCUAUCAGAACCGCCGGUGGGACGCCGACUUCCUCACGCUCCAGAAGCUCAUCAAGGAGGGCAAGCUCGGCGCGAUCCACGAGUUCACGACCCGCUUCGACCGCUACCGCCCCCUGCCUGCCGGCCACGUCGCCGCGGGCUGGAAGGAGCUGCCGGGCAACCACAACGAGGCGAUCUACAACCUCGGCUCGCACAUCAUCGACCAGGCCAUCACGCUCUUUGGCGUGCCGGACCGCGUGUUCAACCGCAACAUUGACCAGCGCGGCAUUGGACUCGACGAGGCUUUCGAGAUGACGCUCUACUACCCUCCCCAGGCGGGCUCGAAGACGCCGCUCACCGUCAACCUCGGCGCGUCGAUCCUCUCGUCUGUCCCCGAGCAGCUGCGCUACCUCAUCAAGGGCGCCAGCGGCUCGUACCUCAAGUUCGGGCUCGACCCGCAGGAGCCCUUCCUGCGCGGCGGCAAGACGGUCAAGGACACGGGCUACGGCAUUGAGCCCGAGAGCGCGUGGGGCUCCGUGUCGACGUUCGCCAACGGCGAGUGGAGGACGGAGAAGGUCAAGACCGAGCACGGAUGGUACCCUGCCAUCUAUGAGAGCCUGUACGACGCCGUCGAGGCCAAGGACCCGUCGCGCCUCGCCGUCAAGCCCGAGCAGGCCAUCUGGACCAUGAAGAUCAUCGAGCUCGGCAACCAGUCGAGCAAGGAGGGCAGGAUUAUCGACGUCAAGAAGUAGUAGCGUGGCGUGUCUGUAGCAGUAUGUAGCGUUCCAAGUAAUCCAUUACAUCUAGG